AUACGUGGCGUCCACUCCUUGCUAAAAGUAGAGCGGAGAUUAAGGCCGUGGGAUGGAUCUUCCCACCUGUUAAGCCCAGAUGGUUUGGAAUUUUAUUUAUAAAUGCAUAUUGGCGGGUAACGGUUUGUAUACUUGUACGUGGAUAAGGAGACAUGGGAGGUCUAGCUGCAGGUCGUUGGGCAUGCCAAGUGCAGCUUCAUUCUUGGGCAGCUGCAGGAAGGGGGAGGAGGACCAGGACCAGGACCAGGACUAGGACUAGGACUUGUAUGAGGAACAAGUAUAGGACUGCUAGUAUUAGUUCCAUCUCCAUCACGUGCAGUUGCCAUGGAGAACAAAGUUCAACAAUAAGAACAAUACAGAAAUGUGGUGUCGUAGCCUGCCUUCGAGCAAAUAGUCCAGGACUGGCACUAGAGACAGCACGCAUGGCACUGGAUGAAGGUAUUUCUGUGUUGGAGAUAACGAUGACCACACCUAAUGCAUUGCAGGUGAUAGCAAAACUUGUGCUUGAGUAUCCCUCAGCUGUGAUUGGGGCUGGUACUGUAUUAACAUGUGAAGAUGCAAAAAGUGCUGAAUUGGCCGGAGCUAAAUUCCUCAUGAGCCCUGCACUAGUCAGUGAUAUUUUGGAGGUUUUCAAAGACACGUGUAUUUUAUACAUCCCAGGUGCAAUGACACCAACUGAGGUACUCAAUGCUCAUGCUUUUGGUGCUAGAAUUAUUAAGAUCUAUCCUGUAACAGUUCUAGGUGGUGAACGAUAUAUACAAACACUGAGAAGACCUUUCCAUCAUAUUCCUAUGGUUGCAUCUCAGGGAAUUACAAUGGGUUUGUAUUCCAAUCGGUAAGACGAUGAAUUUGUAUAUCAGAAUGGGAGUUUCAGCAGUAGUCUUGUCUGAUGCCAUAUUUAGUAAAACAGCAAUGGCCACUAGAGAUUUUGGUUUAAUAAAAAAGUUAGCUGGUUUAGCUGCUUCCAAAGGCAAAGCAGCUGUAAGGAGUGUUGCAGAAUCUCGGCAUGAGCAAUUUCCAGUAUAAAUGUAAUGAUUAUCAAUGUAUAGCGUUGAGUUGCCUUAAAUUAUAUAUUGUAGUUAAUAACAUAUUGUUGCAGCAGUAGAGACUCAUUGAUCUCCUAGUCCUAGUAUAUGUUGGAAGUGUGGCCGCAAAAUUAAAGCAAGCUUCAUUACAACCAAAAGAGUAUCCCUGUGCUAUUGUCUAUGUUGUUAUAAUCAAGAUAAUGAAAAUGCAAGAAACAAUAAAUCAUAUAUCACUGUACAGUUAUUUAAAGCAUUUAAUUUUAAAAUGAAAUAAAAUUGUGUUAUGAUAA